AGGGGGCGUGUCCAGGGAGGCCUCUGCUUUGUGUUGGGCCCGACUAUGCCUCCAACCUUCCCGUUGUCGUGAACUAGACUCCCGGCCCCAUGAUGGAGUUCCCCGACCACAGCAAGAACUUACUCCGAAAGCUGUGGGAGCAGCAGCACGAGGGAUUCCUCUGCGACUGCACCGUCCUGGUGGGCAGCGCCCGCUUCCUGGCCCACCGAGCCGUCCUCGCCUCCUGCAGUGCCUUUUUCCAGAUGUUCUACAAGGAGCGGCUGGAUAAGCGAGACUUGGUCUCCAUCAACAGCGAGAUCGUCACUGCCCCGGCUUUCGGGCUCCUGCUGGAAUUCAUGUACAAAGGCAGCCUCUCCUUCGGCGACAUGCCGGUGGAGGACAUCUUAGCCGCCGCCAGUUAUUUGCACAUGAACGACAUCGUCAAGGUGUGUAAAAAGAAACUGCAAGCCCGAGGCUUAGCCGAAGCCGACAGCACGAAGAAGGAGGAGGAAAGUCUGUUGCCGUCCGCCGAAAGCCAGCCUGCAUCCUUGCCCCCGCCUCACUCCUGCGACCCCGAGAAAACCCCCAAAAAGGAUUGGAACUUCGGACAGAAAACGCCUCCUGAAGAAUUAUCCGCCUCCAUUUUGGACGUGGCGGACACCACGCAACCCGGGAUGGACGCGCCAUCUGCCACACGGCCUCGUCCGCCCCCUAUCAUGGACAUUUCUCUCUCUAGCCCGAGCAGCUCCACCGAAACUUUGUUGUGUAGCUCGUAUCCUUCCGGAGCCGAGGGGACUUCCGGCUUGGAUCCGCCUCCGGAGAGGUACGAAGAACAGCGCGUCGGACACAAGGAGUCGGCGAAUCGGUCCGUCCGGGUCAAAGUGGAAGCGAUUGUGAUUUCCGACGAGGAACCAGACGGGGUAGAGCCGCUGGAUGUCCCUCCUGGCCCGGAGCUAAGGCUAGAAAGCAUAUUUCCGAAAUCUGGCGGGGAGGUGGGCUGCGGGCGACACCCGGAUGCUUUCGAAGAGCCCAGCGGGAUGGAAGAGGUCUCUUCAGAGGGCAACUUCCUACCUCCAGAAAAUGCCCCGUACCACUUGAUCCCCAUGCCAGGAGGACAGACGUUUUCCACCAUGGCUACUCCUCCGUUGCACGAACAGAUGUACUUGCAGGAUUACGAUUCCCACUCCAAUUUCAACCUUUUCACCGAGGAUGUCCCCACUUGCAAGACGUGCGGGAAAACCUUUUCCUGCUCCUACACGCUGCGGCGCCACGCGACCGUCCACACCCGGGAACGGCCGUACGAAUGCCGUUACUGCAUGCGGAGUUACACUCAGUCCGGAGAUCUUUACCGGCACAUUCGGAAAGCUCACAACGAAGACCUGGCCGUGAAACGGUGCAAACAUGAUGUGGAAAACCCUUCCUAGGGGUUUUCCCCACGGCGCGGAACGCUUCCCGAAACAAGGGAGUCGGAAUUCUCUUCUCGUCUCCAUUCGCGGUGGAAGAAGCCACACAACUGGGGUCUAAAUUUUCCCAUUCCUUCUCGGCCGGGUGACGUCGUUUUAUCCAAACUGUCUCGGACUGUACUGCUUCAAAAAUGUUCGGUUUUCUCCUUUAUCCGGGGAAUUUUCCAACAAGGCAGAGGCAACGUAGGCCAAUCCCUGUGUCUGAUUCGAAAAGGAUUCACACCGUCAACCAUCCCCGAACGAGGAUCGCUGGUGCGUUUGUGGGCGAAACGGUGACUCUCGCGCGGCGUUUUAGCCCUCUCAAGAGCCUUGCUGGUUUUGAGGUUGGAAGUGGGGAUGGUGUUUUCCGUGCCGGAGGCAGUUCAGGAUGUUCUUUGCGGGAAAAACGGGAAAACUCGCCAAGGGGCUCCAGAAUCUGUUGUCGGUUGUGAACGGUACCAAGCGGGGAAGAUGUGAUUGACGGAAAGGCACAGGAUGGUCUUUUUAAAAUGCCAUAACGCAGCCUAAAGGGAGUUCAUGGCUUCAGACACACCUGGGGACGAGAACCGGGUCUUGAGGCCUCCACCCACUCAAGUUGGGGGAAGGCACCCUAGAACUCUCCUUCCCCGCUUCCGAGGGGUGUCGCGUCCCUGCCUCCUUUUGCAGCAAACCACUGCCACCCGCCCCCCCCGUUGCAAUUCUCUAACCUGUUUGUAAGUAGCUCGGGUGUAGCCUUAUGGACCAAGACGCUUAUUCCACAGUAUAAAAAGAACAAAAAAAUAAGGACAAGCCCCCAUGUUUCUGAAUCUCUGUGGCUUUUAUAUUC